AUGUUGCUUUCCGCGCUGCACGCAUUUUACUUGAAGACACUGCACUACACAAUCCCAAGCAUACCAAAACAGAUAAGAUAACGGAAUUUCCCACAAACAAGCGCUCGCUAAAAUGUCAACACUGGGUUCAUAGCUAAAACGUUUGUACGACUUUAUAACUUCGACGAAAGAACAACCGCAUUGAAAAACGUCAGUUAAAUGUUAUUCUAUUUUUCCUUUUAAUGGCUUAAAAUUUUUUCGUUACUCUUCGCGCGAUAAGCAGCGUACCGGUGACAAUUAUUUAUGGGCAUUCAUCGGAUUAAUUAAUUCGACAUGCCGCCGCGUAGAAGACACACGCUAACGUCAUCUGAACCAGUCUUCAUCCCGCUCAAUGAAUCUUUCACGCAAUCUCAACUGGACGAUAACGGAUGUCGGACGCCUUCCGGACUCACCUGCCGAUUGAUUUUUACUGUGAUAAUCGUGACCUUUGGGACGUGGUUCCCUAUGGGCUACAGCAUCGCGGCGAUGAACGGGCCGCAGACGGUGAUCCUGACCUGGAUCCGCUCCAUCAAGUGCCGUCGCGCGGGAGGCGUCUUCCAGACGACCAACACCUCCGAUGUGAGUAAUGGCAAUGUCGCCCUUGACCCGGACACGGAGAUAUGGUGCCGCUUCGUCCCGGAGGCCGAGCAAGGCAACCUCCUGAAGGACAACCCCCAACUGAACACCAUCUGGGCGCUGUCCUCCUCCGCGUUGAUGGUCGGCGGCUUCCUGUCCUCCUGCGUCGCCGGCGCCGUCAUCGAGCACCUGGGCAUCAAGCGGACCAUCCUGGCCGAUGCCGGCCUCUUCCUGGCCGGCAACCUCCUCUUCUGCCUCGCCCAGCCCACCGCCGCCUUCGAGCUCAUCGCCGCCGGCCGCUUCCUGGUGGGCUUCGCGCUGGGCGUGGCCUGCGUGGCGCCCCCGGUCUACUGCUCCGAGAUCACGCCCGUCAAGCUGCGCGGCGCCUUCGGCGUCUUCCCCAUCCUGCAGUACGUCCUGGGCAUGAUCCUGGCCACCUCCCUCGGACUGCCCUUCGUUUUAGGGAACGAGGCCGGCUGGAUCUGGCUGGUGGUGGCUGCCUUCAUCCCGCCGCUGCUCCUGCUGCUCCUCUUCCCCUUCUGCCCCGAGAGUCCCCGGCGCCUCUUCCUGGUGACAAAAGAGAAGCAGCGCGCCGAGGGUGUCCUGCGCUGGCUGCGUCGCAACUCCCUCCUCGUCAUCCGCGAGAUAAAGGAGCUGGAGUCGGAGAACCAGAACGAGAGCGCCCCGACGGCCGGCUUGUUGGACCUCCUGCGCCACCGCUACUACCGCUCCGUGCUGGCCCUCUGCGUCGUCCCCAUGUUAGCACAACAGAUGUCCGGGUUCAGCUGCGUCUCCUUCUACUCCACCGCCAUCUUCACCGACGUCGGCCUGGACCGGCUGUCCUCCAUCUACGCCAGCAUCGGCCUCUGGCUCGUCUACCUGCUCUUCUCCCUCGUCUGCAUGCUGCUCGUCGACCGCCUCGGGCGCCGGCCGCUCCUCAUGCUCAGCCACGCCGGGAUGGUUUUGGCCUUGACGGGCUUCGUGGUAACGCUCAACCUCAAGGACACCGGGCUGACCUGGAUGAAGUUCGUAACGGCGGCGUGCAUCCCGCUGUACAUCGCCUUCUACUCGUUAGGCUCCACCUCCAUUCCCUGGUUCCUGCCCAGCGAGAUGUUCGCGCAGGAGGCCCGUGCCGCCGCGGUGACGUGGAUCUCGGUGGUGUCGUGGGGCGCCGCCGUGGUGACCACGCUGGGCUUCCCGCUCAUCCUGGCUGUCACACAGGACUACACCUUCCUCAUCUUCGUCGUCUGCGUCGUCCUGGCCACGGUGCACAUCUACUUCAAACUGCCCGAAACCAAAGGCAAGACCAUCGAGCAAGUCCAGGUCAUUCUCAGACAACGCUACACCAGCAAUUAAACAAACAUUCCAUUCUACAAAGCAACUGCCGACCAAUCGUACCUGCUAAGGUUUUUCUUUUAACCUGAUGCCGAUUUUUAUCGUAUCUUUGUAUGUCUUGUGUCUUGUCUGCAUGGCUAAUGGUAU